ACUGGGUCACCAUUCGGCCUGCCGGGAACGAGCGGCCCGGAAGGUUGAAACGGUUGGAUUUAAAUCCCGUCGAUUCCUCGGAAAGUAAAGGGGGAAAGGCGGGAAUUUGCGACACCCGAGAAAUCAAAAUCAAAAGAAUCCGUAUGUCGUAUACCUACAUUUCCGGAGAGACGGUCAGCCUAUGCGAUCCCCUCUACACCGCAUGUCGUAUACCUACAUUUCCGGAGAGACGGUCAGCCUAUGCGAUCCCCUCUACACCGCAUGUCGUAUACCUACAUUUCCGGAGAGACGGUCAGCCUAUGCGAUCCCCUCUACACCGCAUGUAGAAAUGCACACACGACCGAACUUACUGGAGGUUUCGUCCAUGCGACUUACCUACCGAUCAAUUGCGUUAUCCGGUACCCAUGGUCCGUCCGAGAACAGCCAGGAAAUCUGCGACUUUACGAUGGCCAGGAGACACAAGCUGACGUACUCAGCCCGUUCUUGUAGAGAUCGUUGGUGCAAACCAGCAGCUUCGGCCAAGAGUCCCUUUGAGGGGCCGAAAUCUCGAUAUGGUCCCACUGACGACAGGGCCAGAGGACCGAUGCUGGUAACUUCUUGGCCUGCCUACCUAGCUUUUCCGCCCUGGUCGCCGCAUCGAGAACGACAUCAGUCCCGACCCCAGGGUUCCGUCGCCUGCGUAUGCGGCUGUGCGGAGAUUACGUGCUUUGCUGCAAGCCCGGGACGUGCACGGCAUGGCCUCGCCUCUCGUCGACUGUCACCCGCUGAUGAGCGCACGAAAGCGCACACAUACACAACAAACCGAUUGCAUACGUACACAGACGAUAUAAGUCGCAUUUCCGAGAAGGCGGCGGCGGCGAGCCGAACGCGGACACUAGGUAGCCUACGCCGCACGCGUCGCUCGUUUUCGGUCACUCCAGCCCGUAAUCGAUCUGACCACUAUCGAUGAUUAUCGACAGCCCUGAAUCCUUUUUGUGGAACACGAAGGGCAAUGUGGCUUAAGCCCGGUCUUGAAUUGGCUAGGAGCAGCUUAUGGUAAUCGGUGGCUACACCACAG